AUGGCUGUUAGUACCACGAUCGACGACAAUGUCGACGCGGUAAAACGCUUUCAGGAGUCGGAUGUCUACUAUCAACGCGCGUAUGGGCUUUGCGGCAAGCUGAUGCUGCGAGGCACGAGUUUGGAGAUUGUACAGUGUCUUCUCCUUAUGGGACAAUACCUUCAGGGAACCCAGAAAUCAAUAGAAGCUUGGGUGGUCCAUGGACUAGCCAUGAAGGCGGCGAUGCAGUUGGGACUCCAUUCUAGUGAGGCUUGCAAAGGGCUGCCUUCACUCGAGCGCGAAAUCAGGAAGCGAACAUGGUUUGGUUGCGUGAUUCAUGAUAGAGCAUUGGCCAUGACAUUCGGUCGCCCAUGUACAAUUCCCGAAAGUUUCGUCAAGCUUGAGUUGCCCAGUGAGCGCGACUUUUAUCCGAUCACUGGCAUUUCUUCUUCGGCCGAAGCUCGAAACAGUCUCAAUGUUCAUUUUUAUGUUGCGACAAUACAAGCGUACCGGGUAUUAUGGGACAUCAUUGAGCAGCUCUAUGGGCAUAACAUCAGCUGCGAAGAGCGCUUAGGCGCCGGUGAAAUGGUGACUAGACUGUUCAACUUGGAGCAGAGACUGUCCUCUUGGGAGCAUAAUCUACAUCCAAACCUCAGAACAUUGACUUAUAACCAUUUGACAGCAAUGAAAGAACAGGCCCGCCUGAACGCUGAUCAGAAAAUUGCUCAAACACUUCGCAUAGUGUUGACGUUAAGGUGUCUUAAUCUGCGACUGCUCUUGCAUCGGCCCAUUCUCGUCAGGUUUCUCAACUUUGGAUCCGAAUCGGUUGGAGACAGCCACGAUAUUCAGAUGCUACGACAAAUAGGGUCGCACAGCCUUCAAGUCUGCAUGCACACUGCUGAUGAGAUUAUCUCAAUCGUACAUUCGAUCGUCACUUCUAUAGAUGCCACACGAACAUCUGUAGGGUCAUGGUGGUACACACUUUAUUACAGUGAGAUUUAUUUCCCACGCAAUGAUUCAGGCUCACAUUCGCUAGCUUUCAACGCGGCACUGGUGGUGUUCGGGUGCUUUCUCAUCUGUCACCCAGGGAACAAAACAAUCAACAGCGAUUUUACCAGCGUCACAGCCAAAGAUGCAAUCGAUACUUUGAACAAAGCAAUAAUAGCGACGCAGAAUAUUGAUAGAGGAAACCAUAUUGUCGAUAGAUGCAGGCAUUACCUCCAACUCCUGUUAAAGGUCGCAAAAAUAAUGGGUUAG